AUGCUACCAGUAGAUAAAAAGCUUCUAAACUUACAGAUCUACAAACUUCUUCAGUGUGUUCACGAGAAAGACAAGAAGCAAAUAGAAAAUCUGAUCCAGAAAGGAUUCCCAGAUCUCAUUAAUUACACAGAGCCUAAGGAAGGAUACAGCGCCUUACACUUGGCCUCCAUGAAAAAUGACAUUGAAAUGUGCCGCUUCCUGCUGGAACACGGAGCUCAUCCAGAUGUCCACGACAACAUGGGAUGCACUCCAGCCAUGAAAGCAGCUGAGCUAGGCCAUGAGGUGAUUUUGGAAUUAUUAGCAAAAGCUAAUGCAGACAUGACUGCUGUGGAUAAUGAAGGGAAAGGUAUUUUGUUUUACUGCCUUUUACCUACAGCACGCCACUCCCACUGCCUGCAAAUUGCCUUGGAAUAUGGUGCAGAUGUCAACAACUGUACUACUACUGGGAGGUCUGUGCUUCUACAAGCCUGUGAGCAAGCUCAUGAGGUUAAAAAAAUAUGCCUGAUUUUCCUGGAGAAAGGAGCAGAUCCGCAUGCGAAAGACCCGGCCACGGGACGCACAGCCGUGAUGGAGGCUGCAAGGGAAGGUGCUGCCGAGGUGGUGCUGGAUCUGCUGCGGAGGGGAGCCGAUGUGAACCUCUUUGACUUUGAAAGACACAGCGCUGCACAUUUCGCAGCCAAAGGAGGCUUUUUGGAGAUUCUGACGAUUAUUUCAGGUUAUAAUGCAGACUUGAAACUGGUUGCUAUGAAUGGUAACACACCACUUCAUUACGCUGCGGAGGGAGGAUUUGCAGAUUGCUGCAGGUAUAUAGGACAAAGAGGCUGUGAUCCUACAUGGACAAAUAUGGCAAAUCUGAGCCCAAGGGAUACUGCCAAGAGUGCUGGGUUUAAAGCAGCAGCAAAAGUAUUGCGCAAAGCUGAAAAAGCCUUUAAAAAACCAGAUAAGACCCUUGCCUGGUACCUGAAGGUGUACGACUGGUCCCAGCAGCACAAGGAUGCCAUCUGCAAGGAGCUUGAGACUGAUGAAGAAGGAGAUGGGAUGGUAUCCAGAAAUGAUUUUAUAUCACUUAUUUGGAAGCACUGCGGCACUGUGCAUGUGGAUGAGGAACAAAUAGAAGUUCUUGCUAAAAAGCAUGAAGUAUCUACUGACAGGAUCAGCCUUGAUGAUUUUUUUAAAGGCUCCAAAUAUUUGCAGAAAGCCUUUCUGCUAUCAUCCUUUGGGCCCAAAUCAAAGAAAAAGAAGAAACCGCCAAAAAAAAAAGGCAAAAAAGGCAAAAAAGGCCUCCCUGUGCCGAUUUGUGUAAUACCAAAGAGUGAAUGUCCACUUAGGGAAGAUGGCCUCCCUACCUACAUGGUUGAGGCUGUCCCACACAUUCCUGAAAAGCAGCGUUUCAAACGGGAACACCAAUCCACCCAUCCACUGCUCGAUGACCGUGCCUGGUACGUAGAUGAGCCAAGGAAAACCCUCAUAGAUAUCAACUACCUUGUCAGAGAAGGAGACUUUGUGUCUCUGCAGAAAGCAUUCGACGAGGAUGUGCCAGUAGACAUAAAAGAUAAAUAUUACAAAACACCUUUGAUGGUUGCAUGUGCAAGUGGCAACAUAGUUCUCGUGGAGUUUCUUCUGGAAAAGGGGGCUGAUGUAAAUGCAACAGACAACUUCCUGUGGACUCCUCUGCAUCAUGCUUGCUAUAAUGGACACCUGGAUAUUGCUGAGGUGCUCGUGAAGGCUGGAGCAUCUGUGAAUGCCCCUGCAAUAGGCAGUGCCACCCCGCUGAUGAGAGCCAUUGAGGCCUGCAGGCUGGACAUGGUCUAUUUUUUAAUCACUGCAGGUGCUGAUGUCCAAGCUACAAACAGCAAUGGAAAGACUGCCCUUGAUCUUGCUCAAUUAUUUGAAGAUGCCACAAUAAUUGAACUGCUCAAAAAUCAACUGCAGAUUUUGGCAGAACAAGAACAAGAAAAAGAAGAAGCAAAGCCAGCAAAAGGUGGAAAGCCAAAACCAGCAGAGCCACCGAAACCUGUGAAAAAAGAGUCUCCUGAGGAAUCUCAGCCACCCGAGGAAGAGCCUGUUCCUGAAAAGAAAAAGCGUUCCCGUAAGGGCAGUGCUGCUUAUUGGAAAUCUUUGGCACCGAGAGAAAACAAGAAUGACAUCUCCUUCAGACCCAGAAAAAUAUGGAGCCCUGAUGCCACAGCAAUACAGCUUGCAGAGAAGCGAGAAUUACUUCAGGAACGCGCUACUCUUGUUGGUCACAUGGAAGAUUUUACAACCCUCUUCAAUAGAAAAUUUGAGUAA